AUGCUUAGAGGUUUGGUUCCAGCCGACGAUCCUAAAGUAAAGUGGUUUGGAGUCAAUGGUGCUUCUUCUUCAUUUUCUACCGGAACCUGUGUAAGCGGUCUCGAGUUUACAAUCAUUUCGACCUCUAUCAACCAGUUUGUAAACACCGCAUCAGAUGGAGUUCGUGUAAAACGCAUGUUGUUCAGCGUGCGCUUCACGGUUUGCACUAAUCUCUCCCAUGCCCCGCCAAAACGUGGGGCAGCCGGCGGGUUGAAGUUCCAUUUCGUGUCCGGAAGGUGCAUUACUUCAAUCAGCUCGUUGGUGUUUAUAUUGGCUAUGGCUUCCUUCAGUUCUCAAUUUGCACCUAUAAAGUUGGUGCCCUGAUCCGAGUAGAUCUCCAAUUGGGUACCGCGCCGGGCGAUGAAGUUUCUUAACGCAAUUAUGCAGGAGCUGGUUGACAGGCUGGAUGCCACUUCGAUGUGUAUCGCUCGGAUGGUUAAGCAGGUGAACAAUACACCCCAGCGCUUUUCCUGUCUCCGUCCAACAGCGACGAGGAAUGGUCCGAAGUAG